AUGCCGCCUAGCAUCCGGAGCUCCCUGCUCCCUGAUCCAACAUGCGACCUACACUGGGGCGCUUAUCGCGGAGCCAUUCAUGAGAUAUUUGCCUCCAAUGCGAAGCGGGUGCCCAGCAGGCCAUGUGUCAUUGAAACCAAGAGCCCACGAGCCGCUCAACGCACCUUCUCGUAUCGCCAGAUCAAUGAGAGUUCUAACCAGUUGGCACAUCAUUUCGUCGCCCACGGCUGCAACGUGGGGGAUGUUGUUAUGAUAUACGCCUAUCGAGGGGUCGACCUUGUCGUGGCCUAUAUGGGUGCUCUUAAGGCUGGCGCAACCGUCAGUGUACUGGACCCACAGUACCCUCCGGAGCGCCAGAGCAUACUCCUAGACGUUGCGAGACCUAGGUUUCUCGUCUACAUCCAGAGAGCCACCGAGGAGUUUGGCAAGCCGCCCAGCAUUGUUACCGACUUCAUCACCCACAAUCUAGACCUCAAGUCUGUGGUUCCAGCGCUGCAGCUUUCCGACAGUGGUGAGCUAAGUGGAGGCCAUGUCGACGGCGAGGAUUGUCUAGCAACUCAGGCGUCCCGUAGAGAGGAAGAUCCCAAUGUCAUUGUUGGCCCCGAUUCCAUUCCUACCCUGAGCUUUACGAGCGGAUCUGAGGGCAGGCCAAAAGGCGUUCAAGGGCGCCAUUUUUCACUUACCUACUACGUCCCCUGGAUGGCCGACAGGUUUGGCCUUUCGGAAGGGGACAGGUUCACCAUGCUGUCCGGCAUUGCCCAUGAUCCGAUCCAGAGAGACAUUUUCACGCCGCUCUUUUUAGGCGCCACGAUCGUUGUUCCCCCUGCCGACGUUAUUACCUACGAGCUGCUAGCGGAGUGGAUGAAUGAGCACAAGGUCACGGUAACCCAUCUGACUCCCGCCAUGGGCCAGAUCCUUGUUGGCGGUGCCACAACUCAGUUCCCUUCCCUCCGGUCUGCCUUCUUUGUUGGCGAUCUUCUGACCAAAAAAGACUGCAGAAAGCUGCGCGACCUUGCACCCAAUGCAACUGUGGAAAACCUCUUCGGAUCAACCGAGUCGCAACGGGCAGUGUCUUUUUUCGAGGUUCCAAGCAAAGCUCAAGAUCCGGCGUUUUUGGAUUCCUUGCCAGAUAUUAUUCCAGUUGGCCAAGGCAUGCUGAAUGUUCAACUCCUGGUUGUCGACCCCGCAGGUCUCGCGGAAGGGUACCUUGGGGACGACGACAAGACGGCAGAACUAAACCGGUCCAAGUUUGUUCCCAACUGGUUUGUUGACCCUGCCAAGUGGGCGCGGCAGUACGAACACCGGGCUGCUUAUAAGGGACCACGAGAUCGUCUAUAUCGAACCGGCGAUCUUGGCCGAGUUCGCGCCGACGGAAGCGUUGAGUGCACAGGCCGGAUUGAUUCUCAAGUCAAGAUCCGGGGCUUUCGGAUUGAGCUGGGCGAGAUCGACAUACUUCUAUCACAGCACCCAUUCGUGCGCGAAAACGUUACGGUAGACGAUGGAGAAGCUAUCGAGCAGGAAACAGUAUAUGAGUCGAUGGCUGGAAUGCUUAGGCGAUUCAAGCUGCUGUCUGAUGACUGCAAACAAUUCCUGGCAGCCAAGGUUCCGAAGUACGCUGUUCCCAGUAUUUUUGUUCCUCUGGCUCGGAUGCCCUUGAAUCCGAACGGCAAGAUUGAUAAACCUUCGCUCCCUUUCCCCGAUGCGUCGGAUCUUCUUCAUGUCGCCAAGAGGAGGGCCUCGUCUGCGGUUGCCAAUAUGACCGACACCCAAGCUCGACUGGCUACAAUAUGGGCAGCGGUUCUCCCUAACCGCUCCGCACGAAUGUUUGUGCCGGAUUCCAACUUCUUUGAUGAAGGUGGUCACUCUAUCCUGACUCUGGAAGCCCUCGCCGCAGAGAUCGAUAGAGCACAGGAUCCCAUUGGCCUACGACUAGACGCGAUGCCCCUCCCUGGAGACGGGAAUAUGGAGGAUGAGGCUUACGCGGCGGAUGCGAGGGAUCUAGUGUCUCAACUUCCCGAGUCCAUUCAGCAAGCACCGAAAGAUUGGGACUACACGGAGACUCCGCCUACCGUGCUUUUGACCGGUGCGACAGGCUUCCUCGGCUCAUAUGUCCUGCACGAGCUCCUCGAAGGCCCGUCGCGAGCGCAUGUAGUUGCACACGUCCGAGCGAAAGAUGCAGCGGCAGGUCUCGCACGAGUCGAGGCCGCAACAAAAGCCUAUGGCCUGUGGUCCCCAACUUGGACAUCUACGUCCAGACUUGAGGUUGUGGCGGGGGACAUAUCCAAGCCAUACCUCGGAUUGCUCAAGAACACAUGGGAUCGCCUCUCUAACGUGGUAGACCUGGUCAUCCAUAACGGCGCCCAGGUCAACUGGAUGCUGCCGUAUUCCAGCCUACGGGCGGCCAAUGUGCUUAGCACACUGGACUGCAUCCGACUUUGCGCCACGGGGAAACCCAAGCGACUGACAUUCGUCAGCUCAACCUCAACGCUGGAUAAUGACCAUUACGUGCAGCUCUCGAGAGAGGUCGAAACUGGUGUCCCGGAGACGGAUGACCUGGAAGGCAGUCGCAGGGGCCUUGGCACAGGCUAUGGCCAGUCCAAGUGGGCGAGCGAGUUUGUCAUGGGAGACCCGGCUUCUGGCAUUUCGGUCACGGACGACUUUCUGUCCCUGUUACGCAAGUCAGCCGCAUCGUUAUCGCCGCAGCGUUCCAUCUCCCUGCAACUACUGGGCAAUCGCUGGGCGUGGCUCAGGUUACCAGCCAUCCGCGUUUGA